AUGAAGAAGCAGAAUGAGGAGCCCAGUGAGUUCGAUGACGAUUGGACGAAGAAUUUGGAUCAGUUACGGCUGAAGUUCGGUUUUCUAUUCGAAUCGUCAAUCACUGAUACUGACCUGCGCACGAACAAGAAUCUCCAGUUGGGCUCAAAAGUACUUGGCUGUUGCGCUGCAAGAGACAUUGCAGAACUGAAGGAACAGUUGUACAAAUUAAGGAGAGAACUUAAAUCGGAUCAAGAAUCUGUGGCCUUGGAGCUGAAUCACCAGAUUGAGCUUCAGACACGGGUCACGGGCAAUAAGAAAAUGGUCAAAGCAAACGCAACAGUUGAGUACUUUGAUGAUGCGCAGCUGGAGAUUUUUGAUCGUGUGCAGAUUGGGGGCGGAGCAGAGGAUUCAAAGAAGACGACUGAGAAAGAUGAAUUGAAGCUGAUACGGUCCACCAUUGCUGGGGUUACUGGAGAUUUUUCAGCAGUAGGGAGACAAACAAGGCCUGAACUGGGUUACAAAGUUUAG